CGCAAUAUCUCUGAAAAUAUUCUGUUAUACUCUUUUGUUAUUUUAAUAAUCUUUAAAAUUGCUCUUUCUCAAUCGAUCAUCAUAAGUAUUCGUGUGAUAAGUCGUCAAGAUUAUUCACAAUUGAUCAACAUGCCGAAGGAGAUUAAAGAAAUCAAGGACUUCCUUCUGAAGGCUCGCAGGAAAGAUGCCAAAUCUGUUAAAAUAAAGAAGAACCUUGACAAUGUCAAAUUCAAAGUCCGUUGCUCUCGGUUCUUAUACACUCUUGUCAUCACAGACAAAGAAAAGGCAGAGAAACUAAAACAGUCCCUCCCACCAGGUCUUCAAGUUAAAGAAGUCAAGAGGAGCGAAAAGUAAAGAAUUUGAAAAUUUUUAGAAUAAAUAAAAUUUUUUAAUUCAAAUAAA